AUGGCAUCCGAAUUACGACGUCCAAGGAUCAAUUACUCCAGAUUGAGCACCUCCAAAGACGAGGUCCGUUUCUUGGAGAUUGAACCUGCAAACUCAGUCGAUGACCAGGUCGUCUGUCGCCUCGUCACUCUCCCUCUCAGCCGAGACGUCGAAUUCAUCGCCAUCUCCUCAUUGCUCGGCGACCCCGCAGACCAAGACAGAAUCAUUCUCGACCGAAAUCCCAUUCCCGUCCCCGUCCACAUCGCCCUCGCCCUCAAACAUGUCCGAGCCGUAUUCUACCCCGCCGUGAGCAAAUCGAGCGACAGUCUGGGCAGGGAGAGGAAAUCACCGAAUUGGCUGAGGAGCCUUCUCAGGCAUUUUGGCGGGAGAGAGGUGGACAACAGGCCGAAGCUGCGGGUAUGGAUCGACUGCAUCUGCAUCAACUCGAUGGACUCGAGGGAGAACUCCAAGAGCAGAGUCAUCAUGUACCACGUGUACCAGCGCGCGCAGAUGGUAGUGGGCUGGGUGGGACUCAAGAUACCGCAGACUGAUCUCGGUAUCCAGCUCAUCCAAGCAUUUGACAAUGCUAUGCCCGAGACGUGGCAGGAACCCGGCGAUAAAGAGGAACACCCCGAGAACUACUCACCCCAUCACGAGUGGGCAAUUCCCAUUAUCCACUUAUUCGACCCCCAAAGCGACUCUGCCAUUGGAACUGCAGACUUUCUCAACAGGAACUUCUUCCACCGCCGUUGGAUCCUCGAAGAGAUGGCCAUGGCCAGGGUACCGACCUUUCUGAUUGGUGAUGCGAUUGUUUCGUGGAAACAAUUACUACGACUCAAUCUUGCCAUGGAGGAGUUCAAGGAUCACGAGUCAAACGUCUGCCCCGCAUCUACAAGACCCUUGAUACACGAGUUUCCAUUGGGCACGAUCCAUGCAUUGCUGGACGAGUUUGAGAAGAGGAAGAAGAUGGCGAAGAUGGAGUCACUCAACAGCACCUCUAUCACAGGAAGUGUCACGAGCGCAGACUCGAUAAGCCACCAGGACUCCAACACAAGGUCGAUACCAUGA